ACAAGCUCGUAUCGUACCGGAAGACCCAUAUUGUACCGGAUUACAUACAGAUAACCCGUGUAGGACAGGCGACAGCAUCGCCUGUGAUAACUAACGAAGUUACUUCGCAAAUACAAAGGAGAGAAAAGAAAAACGCGCAAAAAAAAAUUGGGAAAGACGUCACGUUUACAGACAUUUUAAAAUUGGAACCCGAAAGAAGCGAUUGAGAAAAACAAAAGACUAUCGUUCAUUUUUGAAUUUCGAAUCAAAAAAGACAAAAGACGAUCGGGAGUGACGAAGAAGUAGAUUUGAAAAGAAUGUGAGUGUGUGGAGUUUAAAAUAGUUAUCAGUGUGAGUGACAUAAAUAAAGGGAUGUGAGAUGGGUGUAGAAAUACAGUUAUAAAAUGUGAAGUGAAUACUAAAGUGAACACAAUGAAAACAAAAGAACAGUCUACACAAAGUGUAGAAAUACAAAGCAGCAAAAGACUGUCCGUUUUAGCCUUCGUAUGUGCUAUAGUGUCGCUACUUAUGCACACUUAUAACUAUGUAUAUAGUGAACCGCAGUUUAAUUUUAAUGAAUUUCAAGUAGAAGCUAAGUAUUUAGUGGAGAAUGUUCUAGAAAGUAGAGUACAAGCGAAAAUCGACGCGUAUUUAGAAACAUUGGGAUUGAUAGAAACGUCUCCGCAUCGACUGAAGAGAGAAGCAAUGCUGAAAACUUCAGCAGACCAGGAGGACAAUACGGUGGCUCCUCAUGUUGAGUUCUUCAACCCGAAGAUGCGUCCGGAGCUUGAGGAGAAGGAUGCGGCUGAGAUGAGGAGGACCGGGGCGAAGGGCCCGGCUCCGGGAGAUGACACCUGGGUCUGGCUGACCAGCUACUCCAGGGUUCCUUACAAAGUAGUCCAGGGAUUCUGUAAGGCGACCCAGGACUACUGCCCUCCUGGCGUGCAGGGUCCAAAGGGACCUAUAGGUCAGCCAGGGCCGAAAGGAGAGAGAGGGGACCCUGGAGCACCUGGUACUCCUGGUCACGCUGGGGGCAGAGGGCCUGUUGGACCUCCUGGGCCUAAAGGAGAAAGAGGGUUCCCCGGGAACCCAGGUUUAGACGGGCGUGACGGAGUACCGGGAGAGCCUGGUCUGGAUGGACUGUCAGGCAGGAACGGAGCAGACGGCGCCCCGGGCAGGGAUGGACGCGACGGAAUACCAGGAAAGGACGGCAGCGCUGGGAAGAACGGCAAGGAUGGGAAAGAUGGUAGAAUAGGCGCUCAAGGUCCCCCAGGGAUGCGGGGACUGAAAGGCGACCGAGGGCCCAUGGGCCCCAAGGGCCAACGCGGCAAUGACGGAAGAGACGGUGCACCGGGGCGGCCAGGGCUCUCCAUGUACAACUAUACUAAGGAGAAAGAGCUUCUGGUGCCACCUACUUUUGCUCAGGACCAACACCGUCUCAUAGUUCGAGAGGGUGACACCCUCCGCAUCAGCUGCAACCCUACUGGUCGUCCGGAGCCCAGUGUGGAGUGGAGGAGAUUCGAUGGUACUCCCAUUAUUCAGGGUUCCUGGCGCGAUGCGUCAGUGAGCGGUCACUUCCUGAACAUACCGAAUGUAUCACGCUGGCAUACUGGCAAGUAUGUCUGCCUCGCCAACAACGGAAUGCUCCCGUCUGCCAACCAAACUACUGAUGUGGAGAUCCACUUCAGUCCCUACAUCAGAGUCCCUAACAAUAUCGUGUACGUCGACACCGUCAAGAAAACGGCGAAGAUUGAAUGUGAAGUCCAAGCGUGGCCCGAGCCGGUCCUAGCGUGGGAGUGCGAUGGAGUGACUCUAGAGAACCCUCGAUACAAAUCAGAGGUGGUUCCAACAGGGGACCGAUGGCGCUGGAUCAUGCGGCUGGAGGUCCCCAAUGUGAGGGAGCACGACCUGAGACAGUAUAGCUGUGUUGCCAAGAAUGAACUGAAUAAUCAGACUGUAAAGGGGCAUAUUACUUUGUCGAACGCGAGCCCCAAUCAGCGCGUGGUACAACAAGUCCUAGAAUUCGGCUCUCGCCCUCCAACCCUUACGUCCUACGAAGAGCUGUGUCAGGUGCAGCGCUGCCCGUCCUGCCCGCGCUGCGACCGGGAGCGGCUCUUCAUCACCACUAUGAAUGCUACUGCCGGCUAUAAGCCUAGGAGGAAUACCAAUUGCCAACUGUAUGCUAUCGGGAAACCUGUGUAUCAUAGGUUCAAAGACGAGUUAUUCGGGGCCUGGUUGAGGGACUCUAACGCUACUGAAAUUCAGAGAGAGAAACUAUGGACGACUCAGGAGAACGACGUGGAAAGACUCCGGGAGUACAAGAGCAAGAGCGCCUUCAAGAAAGACCACGUCGAUGAGUUCCACAAGCUGCAGAAACCGUUCUUUGGCAAUGGGCACAUAGUAUACAGCGGGUCGUUCUUCUACCAAGCCAACGAGUCGGGCCACCCGGGGGACAUCAUCCGUUAUGACCUGACGCAGAGCCGCAUCAAGUCUGUCAAGCUGCCGCACUCUGCAGGCAGGCUGUACACUGCCCAGCAUAAUCAGGUUGAUUUCAGUGCAGAUGACAACGGACUUUGGGCCAUUUACUCCAUUGAGGGUUCGAACAACACAGCUGUUGCUAAGCUAAGCUUCGAUCCAAAUAAAGAUGAUUUAGUUAUUGACUACAUUUGGAACAUAUCUUUGAACCACAGACAGGUGGGUGAGAUGUUCAUAGUAUGCGGAGUACUUUACGCGCUUGACUCGGCAACAGAGAGGGACAGUAAGGUCAGCGUGGCCAUCGACUUGUACCUCAAUAAACCUCUAGAGGUAUCUCUGCCGUUCACCAACGCUUUUAGGAAGACCACACAGCUGGGGUAUGACCACACGCAUAAGGAGCUGUAUUCCUGGGACCGAGGUAAUCAGCUGACUUACCCAGUGAGAUACAAUGAGCUUCCAGGACCAUAGUUUAGAAGCCAUUUUGAAUAAUCCUUUAUAAAAAAAUAUAUUUUUAUACAUGUUGAAAUAUAAAUAAGAUGACAUAAAAA